AGACCACUAGCAGUAGCACUACCUACUACAACUACAUGCUCUUCCACUUGUUACAACUUCUACUUACCAGUAGAUGUAGAAAUAACUGGUACGAGCCUACCACUAAAGGAUGAAAACGCUCACAAUCCGCAACUGCUCCCGUUCCUGGGGUCACUGUGCCCCAGGUUUUCCUGCUAGCUUUCAGCUGCAGGGAAGAGCCCGGCUAUCACGCGAGUCGUCUCGUAGUGUACUCGAAAACACAGCAUCACAGACACGAACCGCACGGCUAGUUGUAGGUAGUCCUUCGUUGUAUCAUGAGCGAAAUUAUGGCAGCUCGACCGGAAUACUCGGUGGCACUAGGGAUCGAUAUUUUUCAACUUCAUCAUCGUCUAGCAGCAGUUCGAGGACUGCAGCGAGUUCAUUUUCCGCUUCCCCGACUUCAUCUUCCGCUUCAACGGAAAACCGCACGGACAUUGACCAAAAUAAGGUUUCUGGAAAUUCAUCUAUCCCGACAUCGUCGAUCUCGACGAGUGCCAGCAGCAGCAGCAGCAGCAGCAGCAGCAGCGCAACAGCUUCACAAACUUCUAGUUCUACUCUCGAGAGCUCCACCGAGUUUAGCAAAAAGAACGAAUUAGAGCUAGAUUUCUUCUUGGAUGAGACGCAUGAGGCGUUUUCGAAGAAAAUUGAAAGACCAAAAGUGACGGUCAAAAGCGCGCAGGACGACCUGGACGGCGGCGAUAGAACAACUUCAGCAAGAGUUAUUUCGAAAACUACUGAGUCGGAUUCGGAGUCUGGUUCUUCAUCUAAAUCUUCUACAUCGUCAAGCUUGAAUUUUAGCGACAAUCAGGAACAGAAGAAUCACAACGUCAAAAAUGCGAAAGAGGGACAAGAAAAAUUGAAUGAUGCAACGAGCAACGGAGCUGGAGACCACCAUAUACGAAAUUCCGAAGUGCAUUCAUCAUCAUCUACAUCAAACUCUAAGGGAGAAGAUCCUAGUAACGAACCCGAACAACAAGGCAAUAACGGCUUCAGUGAGGCGGAUGUCGCUGCACUGCGGGAGGAGGUGAAGAAUGAGCAUUUCAAGAGUCUUUGGGCAGUGCAUCAUUUCGCCAGCGGUGCUGAAACAUGGAAUGAGAAGAUGCGACCCCACCAAACUGUAGUCUGGCAGGUUGAUUCUGCGAUCACAGCACGCACCUUCUUCAAGUCCUUCCUGGUGAAAAUCAUGCGAUUCUUUUUUCGGGAACGAUCCGAAGAACAGUUGAGGCACAAAAAAUUAUUCGUUAGAUAGUAGCGCUAAUGCCUAAUGAAUGUUAAUGAUCAUGAUGAGUAUCUAUAUUUAUAAGAUUUGACCUUCUGGCAGCUCCUCGUUAUCCAUUAUUAUUGUCCUCACAUUCAUUUUUGCAAUCUUGAUCGAUAUCGUGAUCAGGAAGAUCAUGUACAAAUUUUUUUGCUAGAAACAGUCAGAAUGUUGCUCGCUCUACUAAAUAUGGACCUCACAAGAGAACGCGCGUCUCUUCUAAGCCAAGGCCGUAUCGGGUUUUUCGAGGAGUGGUACAGUGUCCCUGACUUGAUGUCGCAUUGCAAUCAGGCUUACCGGGAGUUGUUACGACGGCUGUAUGAACAGGACUUCGCGAACGUGUACGAUUUGGUAACGCAGGAGAUGGAAACUCAACAUUUUUCGAUGAACGCUACCAGGAAAGCACAUUCUGACUGUCCUAAAUCGUCUGCGUCUACGUUUACGUCUACAACAUCAACAGCGACCACUGGUACUGGUGGAAAGCAAGGGAUGGAUGCAGGAGAGGGUUCUCGCAGCCAGGAUGAAGAUGAGAAAAUAUAUGAUAAUGGCGCUGCUCGUGAUGUCUCGUUGGGUCUGACGGACGUGAACCUGUUUCUACUACGUGAAAUGCGGAAAGCAAAUGAAGCAGACUUUGAGGACAGAGCUGAAGUGCCAUGGUCUACAUCUACGGCAAAGCCUGAAAUUUUUGUGGAAAAGAUCUUUGGUUUCGGAGAAAAAUCUCCGGAACUGGUGAAACGCUUGUUGAAAAACUUAGAGAAGGAGCGAUCUAGCGUAGCAGGAAGACCAGAAAGAGGUUCUGGUAGUCGACGCAAAUCACCCUCCAGCGAGGAUAGCGAUAGUGAUGGUCCUUCAGGAAGUGAAGAUAGGAGUACCACAAAAUCGGACGGAAAAAUAAAUACACGACCUCCAAAACACGGAGAUCAAGAAGCAGACUUACCUUCGGAUGGAGCUUCUAAAUCAUGGACCUUCAAGCUCGGGCCAAUCUCUUUUCAAGUCCAAAAGUAUGAGGUGAAAGACCUAGAGCAUGAGGAGAAGUUGAAGUCCGCGGAUUCUCAGAAUGAUCAAAACAAAAAACCAACAAAAGACAUCAGGGAUGAAGAACAAGAAGCAAAAGCAAAGUCGGCUUCUUCGUCUACAAUUUCUACUAAAAAGGAUGAUGGUGCCACUAGUAGCACUGGUAGCACGUGGUCAACACAAGAUGCAGAUGCUCAGCCAACAUCCAGACCCGAUGGGAAUGCCUCCUCAACAAGAACUAGCAAGCCUGACGGCACAUCAGCUCCAGAUGUUGAGGUAAUUUCCAGUGAAAUUCGCUUCCGUGCUCUCCGAGGGCCCCUAAUGUUUCGCACUCCCGAGGAAAAUGCGGAGGUGGGUUUAAAUCAUCAAGCUAUUCGAAAGGAGCUGUUCGAGACGGUGGAUCUUCAUCUAGACCUUGAUGCGGUCUCGCGACUGUUGGAGAAGCAGAAGCGCGUUGGUGGGAUGAUAAAUGUCAUUGAGCGAACUGAUCAGCUGCGAUUGACAUGCAAGUUCAACAUUCCGCAGGGGAUUGCCAGUGGAUUUCGCCUCUCCCAAAUGCAGAACCUUUCCCUAGAGAAACGGCCAGCACUUGCAGGAGCUGGCUGUCCCAAGGCAUAACGAACAUUGUGAAGCUGACUUCUACAGUGAAAAUGCCGGCUUUAUCUCAGUACAAGAACUACAACGAAAAGUAUAGAUACGAAGAGUUUUCUGUGAGGAUACUUACCAAAUUCAGUGAGUGUGAAUGCCACCUACAACUACUUGCACUUCACCUUGUCCACGAUGCCUGAUUAUAUGCGAAGAUAAAAU